AUGCGUGUCCAACGAGACACACCAGUGAUCACACCGAACCAGGAAAAGGCCUUCACGAGCGUGGCGACGUCCUGCAACUCAACCGACACCCUCCAAUGCCACCUGAUGCGGCGCUACUUCCUCGACCACCUCGACGACCCGUAUCCAUCGCAGGACGAAAAGGACGAUAUCGUGCGGCAGACGAACGCGGCGAUCCGGCAACAUCCAACCUACCAGUCGAUCAAGCACACAAAGCGGGGCGAGAUCAACGACGAGCGGCUGAUGCUGUGGUUCAUCAACGCACGGCGGCGCAGCGGGUGGCAGGCCCUCAAGCGGGAGUUCGGCGGCGACGACCGCGUGCGGACCGGCAGGAUCAUCCGGGCCUUUCUCCGCGAGCAGGGUCGGCCGGUCAAGGGCCGUCCGGGCGAUCAGGGCGAUAGCCUCGCCGAGCUCAUCGCGCCGGGUCGGGAUCCGAUGAGCGAUGAGGUGCAGCAGCGCAUGAAGAAGCUCGCGGACGACAUCGAGACCAUCGAGCUGUACCUGCGGCACGGCAUCAAGCAGAAGGUGCGGGGCUGGAUGCAGGACGUCAUCGAGGGAGCCAAGGAGGACCAGCGGCGCGAGAAGACAAAGAAGGCGGGUGUCAAGGAGCGAAAGGCCUCGACGGCCGCCACCAAGGCCAAGUCCAAGCCUACGGCCAAGACCAAGGCUAAGCCCGCGCCGAGCAAGCCCAGGCCCGCUGUCAGGCAGGGCACACGAGCGAGCGCCCGGAUCGCGAGAAGCACCACUCGAGCCGUCGCCUACCAAGAGCAGAGCGAGGCCGGCAGCGACGACGAGCCCCCGAUGACGGCGAGGCCCAGCCAGCAAUCUUUCGAGAGCGCUCGAAUGCACGACCUCGACAGCCGCAGCCUCUACGGCAACGCGCUCGGGCUCGGCCUCCCCUCCACGGCACGCUACCAUCCCGCAGCUCGCGACUCGUCCAACGGCAGCCUCACGUCGACGGACUCGUCGCAGGCCAGCACCUCGUUCGACCCACAGGGCUCUCGCUGCGGCUACAGCCGGGCAAGCAGCGUCACAUCGUACUCCUCGUUCGACGAGGCGCUCGAAGCGCUACAGCCCGAGACGGCGCCACCGACGGCCAAGCGCAUCAUCCGGCCCCUGCCAAGCCGCAGCCCUCCGAGCGCACUGCUGUACACCGACUUUGCAGACCUCGCCGCUGCCGACCUCGGCCCUCGCCGGCCCAUCAGCAGCUCGCCCACCAACUCGCAAGAGGUCCACGACCGCUUUAUCCACGAGCAGCCCAGCGACUCGGACUGCAGCCCGGCCGCGCUGCCACUGCUGUUGCCUCGGAUUCCUGCCUGA